UGAUCAGGGGUCAAAGUAUCAAGCUGAGCAAUGGUCGGAUGGUUCUGAAUAUAUUUACUUCCUGUAAGUAGAAUAAAGUGUAGAAUAAAGAGUUUUCUUGUAGUUAAUACAGUUUGUUAGUGGAUUUAAAGAAGAGUCAAACUUCAGAUACCGAGGUGGACGAUAAAGGUACAGAAAGCUCGACAAGGCAUCGGCUGGGCCCACGCAUCACCCACAAGUCCGCACCGAUUGGCCGGCCGACGUCACAUGACAGGAAGCAAUUACUUUGAGGCUUUAGGGAUCUACAAGCCAUGGCCGGAGUCAUCCAGAAGCUGCGCAACAAGAACAAGCCGCCCAUCACCCAGCAGGCGCCCGGCUGGACCAGCUCCGGCAGCUUCAUCAACAAGCCGACGCGAGGGUGGCUCCACAACGACGAGACGCUCAAGGAGGGAGGCGUCUGCUACGGGGUCAAGUAUAUGGGCUGUAUGGAAAUCAAGCAGUCCAUGAGAACGUUACACUUUGAGACAAGAACACAAGUCACCAGGGAAGCUAUCUGUAGGGUAUGUGAGUCUGUCGGCAUCAAGAUCGGAAACAGGAAAAGAAAGGUGAGCAAAGACCUGACGAAGAUCCUGGGAGCCAGCCCAAAUCUACAGUUCUCCAACUCCAACAUCAACCUGACCAUCACAACGGUGGCUCUCAACCUGCUCAUCAUGGACUCUGGAGAGGUCAUUGCGAAUCAUCACAUGCAGUCCAUCUCAUUCGCAUCAGGCGGGGACCCUGAGACCCAAGACUAUGUGGCGUAUGUAGCAAAGGAUCCUGUCAACUCCAGAGCGUGCCAUGUUCUGCACUGCCCCGGCGGCCUGGCCCAGGAUGUCAUCACCACCAUCGGGCAGGCCUUUGAGCUCAGAUUUAAGGACUUCCUGAAGAACCCGCCCAAGGCAGUGUCAGCUCCAGACAGAUUGGAAGAUCCCAUUUUCGAAGAGGGGGAGUCAGCCUGGGGAGAUGAUCCCGAGUAUUACAACGAGAUUCCGGGGAAGCUGCCCCCUACAGGGGGUAUGCCGCCCCCCCUUCCCGCAGGACCCCCUCUGGGACACUAUCAGUCCCCCCCCUCGGGCGUGCAGGCCAGCGACGGGGUGUACAGUUCCGUAAAGGAUGCCCCCAGGAGAGGCCCCACCUACGAUAACAAGGCCGGCGCCGAGAACCUGAUAGAUUUCAGCGCAGAGACGCCAACGGCACCUGUGUACGACAACCCUCUACAUGAAGGCCGUGGCGGAUUGCCAGCCCCGCCCGUCUCCCACGGCAACAACCUGCCGCCCGAGGCCGUCCCGCCCAGGUCAGAGGUCAGCCUGUUUGACGACCCCACGUACGACAACAGCCGGCUGGAAAAUCGGGCGCUGGAGAACCGGCCGCUGGAGAACCGGCCGCUGGAGGCAGCUCCGAUGGGCGCACAGCCGCCACAGCCGCCGCAGCACAGGCCCCCACUGCCGCUGCCACAGGAUCCCUUUAACAUGGGACCGUUUGAUGCAGGUAUGCAGCCCGACCCCGUCUCGCCCCCCCACCCCCUGUACGAAGAGGAGUGGUUCCACGGGCCCAUGACCAGGAAACAGGCAGAGGAACUCCUGGAAGAAGAUGGAGACUUUUUGGUUCGAGAGAGCACGACGUCACAAGGCCAGUACGUGCUGAGCGGCAUGCAGGAGGGACGGGUAAAGCACCUGCUGCUGGUGGACCCACAGGGCGUGGUGAGAACCAAGGACAGGACGUUUGACAGUGUGAGUCACCUGAUCAGCUAUCACCGCGACAACCAGCUGCCCAUCAUCUCGGCCGGCAGCGCAGUCAGACUGCUGCACCCUGUGCUCAACUCCAACUCUCUCAUGCUGACCUCCCCCUGCUGAAGGUCGUCUGUAACCCGACACUUUUCCCCGGGACAGGGCUGCGGUGGCUGGUGGGGUGUACGUGUGUGUGGGGGAUGAUAUCAUAUUACAAAGCUACUCCGUGCAAUGGCAGUGGAAGGGCGGACCCACAGGAUACGUAACUCUAGAUAACCCGGGGGUCAAGGUCACCCCCCACCCCCCCACGGCAGGUUAGAGGCUGGGAGCAGUCAUGUAGUGACCUGUCACCUUUUCUAUGGUUCAUUGUAAAGUGGGGACGGAUUGUAAGAUGAUAUUGAGCUGCCAUAUUGGUCCAACCGUGAUCUCUACAUUGUGUACAAUGGUAAAAGGUGGAGCAGGUUUGAACGAAGGAACGAACCACUGCGGAAUACAUAAUCAAGAGACAUUGAUAGGGAAGAUAUAUCUAUUUUUAGCAAUUGUUUUGUAUCUGUAUAUAGACUCUAACUCAGCCAGCGAUUAACUGUUUCCUGCCUGCUUUAGUCUGAUUUAACAGCCAGGGUUCUCACCAGGAGUUUUUCACAGCGUAGGGGUCAGGUACAGAAGGGCAAUUUUCUGUGACACAAGUUGCAUCAGUUGCAAUAUCUCCCCAAAACAUUUUGUAACUCAGAACCCCCUGAGACACUAUUUCUUGCUUAUUGAGAGACAUAUUUUGUUUUCCCUUCAUUCUGAAGUUGUAUUUCGAUUUUUUGAAAGAUGAAACACCCCUACACUGGUUGAAAGAUAGUAUAGGGGGCUAAGUCACAGCGUAAGGGGUCGAAAUGACAGCAUAUAUAGGGGCCCCUAUGCUCAAAUAGCCUAGUGAGAACUAUGCCGGAGCACUGUCCUGUCCCUUUUAUAUAGGGAAAGUGGAACCAAUCCUUGCAAUAUUCCAUGUCCACUACUAGACCUGACUAAGUGCUCAGCAGGAUUUUAGUUUCAUACUUUGGAUUUAACGAGAAGACAUGGCUUAAGGGACUUCCUCCUGGUGACUUGUGCUGAUGUUCAUGUCUGUGCCAUGUUUAACAUGCAUGCUGCUACGGUGUACAAAUGUAUGUGGGUGACUCAGUAGUUAUGUAAGCCAGGUGUGUACAUGUAUCCACAAACAUGGCAGUCUAACCAUGUUCCAGGGUUACAACAAACCAGUGGUUGGCUGUUACAACACCAGUGGUUGGCUGUUACAACACCAGUGGUUGGCUGUUACAACACCAGUGAUUGGUUGUUACAACAGACCAGUGGUUG